AUGGCUGACGACGUCACACCGUUAGCCUCUCUCUCCCUAACACACGUCUACUACAACCCAGCCGACCCGCUAUCAACCCUCUCCGCCUUCCUCUCCCUCCUCCCGCAAGCCCUCAUGGUCGUCUACGCAACCCUCCUUUGGUCGACCCGCGAAGCUGAAGUCCUGCUCAUGCUCUUGGGUCAGCUCGCCUGCGAAGCCCUCAACUUCGCGCUGAAGCGCCUCAUCAAGGAGGAGCGGCCCAGUCAUGUGUUAGUGGGCAAGGGGUACGGCAUGCCGAGCUCGCACGCGCAGUUUGUUGUCUACUGGGCCGUGGCGUUGAGUCUGUUUCUGACGGUGCGGCAUCGGCCCAGGGCUCAGGCGGGGUUUGCGGGAGGAGGCAGGGCUGAGAGUGGUGGUGCGAAGCAAGGGAAGGGAGAGCCAGCGCUGAGGGACGUGCACCGCGCGUACAAGGAAGGUGGAUUGGCUGCGGCGAGCGUGUCGAUCGAGGCGUACGCGCACGCACCGUUGACGCUGACGCAGCGCGCGAUGGUGAGCGCUAGUGUCAUGGUUGUUGCUGCCCUGGUGGCCUGGAGCCGGGUGUAUCUGGGCUAUCACACCGUGCGACAGGUGCUGGCCGGGUGUGUGGCCGGGGCCGGGUGCGGGGCGGCGUGGUUUGCCGUGACAUACAUGCUGAGGGAGACGGGAUGGCUCGCGUGGGCGCUGGAGCUGCCGCCCGCGAGGUGGUUUCGGAUCAGGGAUCUGGUGGUGGCGGAGGACCUGUGCCAGGCUGGGUGGGAGAAAUGGGAGGAGAGGCGGAGACUUGCAUUGGAGCAAGAGCGGAAGAAGGGGACACUAAAAGGGAAGAAGGGCCAGUGA